UAUGAUCAAUCACCAUCACCUAAGGAUAAAAUCUUUGAAUUGUACAUUGGAAAGAGACGGCCCUUAGAGGAAGUGAUUGUCCAUAUGGGCGAUGCCUUUGGCGUGCUUCAAACGUAAGUCCACCAAGUUGUUGUUAUGAGGCUUUUAUCAUGCUUGUUAACACUCGUGUCAGGGUGAAGCAGUAUAAGACGAAGCUAAGUGAUUGGGGCUUCAAACACAAUCUGAAAACUACAGACGCUGCCCACAUCUUGAGGCUGUUAAAUCAAGCAAAGACAGAGGGGCUUCCAGAAGUUGUAAUGUGGGCUUUCCAGCCUAAGACCAGGGAGGACAUAGCAAACUUUAUCAGGAGACAAUCUACGCUGAACGACGAGGCUCACCUACUUUCCAAGAUAUCGGAUGAAGACAAAACACCACAUUAUAUUAAGCUCGCCGGAAUUGAUGUUUUGUCUUCUCCCACCAACAACAUCCCGGAAGAGGAAACCUUGGACUACGUUUCUCCUCGCGACACACAUCCUAUACCGAAUGACGACGUGGUCUCCGCUGGUCCCUCGUCGAUCCGAUUACCUCUGCAGCACGAGCAGUGUUUUUCUGCUUUCGGUGAACAUGAGGAGCCCGAGCUAUUAUGGACUAUUUCCGAUAGUCAGGACGGCAAGGCUAGCAAGCAAGACCCGUACACAGACUUUUCAGGUGAUGCGGUGGUAUUCACCAGUCUCUCAUCUGAGCCAACGAGGGCCAGACCUGAAUCUGGAAAAUACUCUUGGCCAACCUUCGAAUCCACCUCUCCAGUAGUACAUGGAACACAAUGGACAACACGUCCUAUGACAAGGACACGAAUGAGGAACACUUCGACACUUUUCAACAUUGGGACCUACAACACCGAAACGGCGCCGCUCUCGAAACAGGUAGCUCCUGGACAGUCCCGGAGCUCUCUUUCCGAUAGGAGCGCGCAGAUUGAGGUGGAAUUUACGAUCAAAUGCAUUUGUGGCUCUCCAGAUGACGAUGGAAGCACCGUAUAUUGUCCAAGUUGCGACACGUGGCAACACAUCGGAUGCUACUAUUAUGGCAAAGAGGUACCAGAAGAACAUAUUUGUACCGACUGUCUCCCUCAAGAUCUUGACGCCGAGAAAGCCACAGAGCGGCAGAGGGCAAGACGAAAGACCAACCGAGCGUGAGAUUUCUUGGUACAUCUCACCCACUCACUUAGAACUGGAAGCUGGCGCUCGGCGUUUUCCUCGUUGCUUAGGGUACCUCUGAACAACGUUCUCUUUUCAGAAGAGCUGCUUACGCCGAGAGACGCUGUACACUCGUUGAAAGGAUGAAGAAGAGCUAUACUAGAGCUCGUACCUGAAGAAGAAUGCACAAGUGUUGUUGAUUACUCCUUGCUUGCUCUCAUCUGCGAGUGGCCUACAUCAGGCCACCGCCUAACCUUCGAUCGCUUUUAGAGUUCUUCCACUCGCAUAGAUGACCCCA